GAUUGGCCAGUGCGUCCGUGACGCACUGAGCCCGGCGAUUGACAUCCCGGGCCGAUGCUGUCUUCUGGAGCUCCAACCGCGGAGCUCCAGAUGGAGUUAGCGCGCGACGCGACGGGAGCCCGUCAUGGGGGCCGUGGAGCCCCGCAACGACACGGUUCCAAGCGGCAGCGCCGCCCGACCGUCCGCGUCUGAGGAGUGGCUGGUGGGCAUCAGCCUACUGAUGGCGAUCAUUGUGCUCGCUAUCGUUCUGGGCAACGCGCUGGUCAUCGUGGCCAUCGCCCGGACGCAGCGUCUCCAAACACGCACCAAUGUGUUCGUGGUGUCCCUGGCGUGCGCCGAUCUAAUCAUGGGCGUUCUGGUGGUGCCGUUCGGAGCCGCGCUGCAGUUGCGCGGCGCGUGGGACUACGGCUCGUUCUUCUGCGAGUUCUGGAUCUCCGUGGACGUGCUGUGCGUCACGGCCAGCAUCGAGACGCUGUGCGUAAUCGCCGUGGACCGCUACGUGGCCAUCACAGCGCCGUUCCGAUACCAGAGUUUGCUCACUCGAGCCCGGGCCAAGGCGGCGGUAUGCGCCGUGUGGGGGGUCUCGGGGCUUGUCUCUUUCCUGCCCAUUCUCAUGCACUGGUCCCGGGAUAGCGCGCACGCGGCGUGCUACGAGGACCCGGCGUGCUGCGACUUCGUAACCAAUCGCGCAUACGCCGUCUCGUCAUCCGUGGUGUCCUUCUACCUGCCCCUGGUGGUCAUGGUGUUUGUGUACGCGCGCGUCUACCGGGAAGCCAAGCAGCAGCUGCGGAAGAUCGACCGCUGCGAGGGACGCUUCCACAUUCACGCCAGCGGGGCGCGGUGCAAGAGGAAGCCGCCGCGCAUGCUCGCGCUCCGGGAACACAAGGCGCUCAAGACGCUGGGAAUCAUCAUGGGAACCUUCACGCUCUGCUGGUUGCCCUUCUUUGUAGUCAACGUGGUGCGGGUUUUUGGCACCGAGUUGGUAGACGAGGACUUGUUCGUCUUUCUCAACUGGCUGGGCUACGCCAAUUCGGCGUUCAACCCGAUCAUCUACUGCCGGAGUCCGGACUUUCGCAGGGCCUUCAAGAGGCUGCUGUGCCGUCGGCCCCGACCCAGGAGGGAGCGCAUGUUGCACGUCAGCUCAUGCGACCUGAGCCGCUACUCGGCCGGUUUUGUGGGGGCAUCCUCGCUGGAGCCCGGAGGAGGCGGAGGGACGCUCGGGCUGUGGACGGACUGCAGCCUGAUGGACAUCAGCGACAGGAAUGUGGCCCGAACCGGGAAGCUGCCUCGCUCUGAGUCCCAUUUCUGACUCCUACCAUGACUUUCUUCUGUUUCCUCCUUUUGAGCGUUUAAGUGUGAUCACGAAGGAGCCAGCGCGUACUAAAAGCCCAAAGUGCCGAAGACUACAUUUUUAACAAUGUAUUGCAACUUUUGUUGACCCAAGGCACAUAUUUUACAUCCGUCUCACGGAACACCAAACUUGUCGUAAAUGCUUAAAAGAAAACUUUCCUGAAGAUGAAACACAAAUGUAUUUAAAGUUAAAUACAACUGAGCUUUACUUGGGCUGUGAUGCUUUAAUGUACCACUGGAGGGAGUUCAAGCUUUGGGACAAUUUAUAAAUACAUAGAUGAACAAAGAUACAUUAUUUGUCAUGAGUAAUUUUCAGGGGACCAAUUGAGUGAAUUUGGAUAACACCUUUGGAGCUAGGAAUUCUACUUUAGGCAAUGAUUCUUUUGCACACCACAAGAGGGAGCCCUCUUACGACUAAUUGAUGAAUAAAAGGUACAUUCUUUUUUAGUAUAAAACAAUUCUUGGACAGAUUCAGCCAACUUGAAUAUUUCUAGCUAAAUUUGGCGGGCCAUAUAAAAUGUUGAUUGAUCCAUUUAGCUUACUUUUUACAUUAUUAUUGAGUGCAAUGGAAAACAUGUAGGCAUGGUUUUUGCUCCUAAAGGUCCAAAGAGUGUUUUUUUUCUUAAUAAUCUCCUUCUAAAAAUUGAAGACAAAAUUUAUAAAGCAACUGGCAAUGAUGAGCGUACGUUCUCACUAACUGGACCGUGUUGUAUAUUUGCGUAUUGUAUUUAAGCUCACCUUGUGUUUUACCUCACAUCCGUCGACAAGUGCAAUUGCGGUCAAAUGAAAAUGUCGUAUAUUUAUUCCUGCCCAUGAGGUUACGGGUUUGAUUCCAGAAUCGUGUUGAGUAUGGCUUGACAUGCUUUUUGUGAGUGUCCUGUGGAAUUAAAAGAAAAACAUUUGUUGUUC